AAGACAUGCCUUAGGGCCACCAGGGCACUGAAGAGCCACCACGGUGGCACUGCUACCCUCCAACUUUUUAAAAAAAAUACAUCCAUAAAUACAUCCAUACAGUACAUACACCCAUGGAUAUAUGGAUGUACAUAUUACAUACUGAUACCAGAGAGAGAAAAAAAAGAUAGAUCUUAUCGGCAACUGCCCAUGCCCAUGUACCUUUUAGUAGCCAAUGCAAAUGUCUCAUGAUAGACUAUGAUUACCCCAGUCGACCAGUGGACUGGCUGAGUUGUCUAACAACCAAUUCGACGCCCCGGACGCCCUCCUUCAUAAAACCCCCCCUCGGAACCGCAAACCGCAUCCAUACCCAAACUAGAAGAUUUUCUUUUUUCUUCUCGUCGGCCAGAAGUGAAUCUAUAUGUAGUAUGGGUUUAUCCUGGUAUCCUGACAUCCUGGCACCAUUUAAGUAGACUUGUCAUUACCCCGCUCUCUCAGCUGAAUUAAGAAGGGAUAGGUAGUCCAGUCCGCAUGAUCCGGUCAAUCGGAUCUGCUCACUUCCUCCCUUGACAAUCUCCACUACCAACUCUUUACCAAAGAGGCCACCCGCGGCUUUACUAUACCCUAUUUCAAUCUUGCUUUAAAGAUUCAAUUACCUAACUGCCUUACCGAUCCUUUUUGAAUACAGAUCAACUAGGUUUAGGUCCAAACCCAGAAAAGACGCAAUGACGAUGUCUGAGGGAGAUGGCUUGAAUGGGCUGAAUGGGUCCCAGAGAUUGACCAGUCAGGCGCCCGCCCCCAGGAAGAAAUUUGCGAUUCCUCCCGUCAAAAACGCCUGUCUAUCUUGCCGCGCAUCGAGGACGAGAUGUAAUGGCGAGAAUCCAUGCGCAAGUUGCUUGACAAAAGAUCGCGACUGCGUCUAUAAACCCAGUAGACGAGGAGGGCCUCGCAUUCGGAAGAAGGCCCGACCGAUGUCAGAUUAUCAAGAUCUGGCCAUAUCGCUUCCUACCAACCAAGAAGAAAUUCCCCAGGACACGCUCCUUCUCGAAAACUACAUAGAUCCCGGCGCUGGCCUUAAGCCUCUAGCUGAUAUCUGGAGAGACAGUGAUGCUAUCUAUGACAACUUAUUUCAAGAUGUUUUAGUAGACACUGCUAAUGCCACUACUCCUAACAUCAAGAUACCGAUGGUUAGGACUUAUGGAGGGAAUGAUCGGGCUAUACUAAAUGCCUAUUAUAUCUGGAUCCAUCCCUAUUUCCCUAUCUUACCGCCCCCGGAGACGGCGCCGGUACUUGAUCAAGUCUUGCCCCUCUACGAAAAUGAGAGGGCCAAAUUCGAGGAACCGUCUUCAGCUAUCGCUCUAGCCAUCUCUGCGAUCCUGGCCCUUAUACCAUGCCCCCAGGAUCCCAACCCGCUGGAGCCAGAGUCAAUCCGCUGGAGGCGGGCAUACUCACAAUUCCACGCCAAGGCAGCACUAGAGAGUAUCGAAACUGAGACGGAAAGGCCUGAGUCCUCUGUCGAGCCACCCAAAGCUCUAGAUGACUCCGACGAGGAGAUCUUUCGGGAGAAAUUCCACUCGCAAGUUCCUCUAGAACUAGAAAGUGUUAUCGCUCUCGACCUUCUCAGCGUAUACGAAUAUGCGCAACGUGGGAACUUGAAGAAGAUGCGGGCCAGGGUUGGCGCUGCCUUAAUGUCCGCCAUGUCCUUGAAUCUUCACAUCAAUAACGACGUGGAAGAUGAAUAUUCAGAAGCACGACGUCGCACAUGGUGGAUGACAUACAUCUGUGUCUGCCAAGGGUCAAUCGUUAGCAACACAGCUCCGACGCUCGACGUCUUCUCAUCUAGCUUUAACGCCAAGUAUCCGACCGUUAAGGCCGACCCAGAUGCAUGGCCUUUGUUCGUUCAGGCCCAGCAAGCCAUUCUCGCGGCCACCCAGUUCGUUAUUGACUUCAAUAAGGCCAGAAAUGAGCAAGCGGAUAUGACUCGCAUAUACAACAGAAUGCGAGAGCUAGAGCGCCUGUUGGAGCCUUUGAUCACCAAAUCCGAAACAUGGCUAUUAAAUUGCCCACUAACACAGCCAGUCGAUAGGACGGAGCUCGUCUUAUCGCAAUCGCUGCGGUGUAUCUCGCGCAUCAAGUUGAACAGUGCUCGAAUCAAAGUCCAUCGGUACUGUGCUUUCUUCGAUCUCGCCGUGUUUUCGGGAAAGCACUGCGAUUUAAAGAGCACGAACGAGAAGAGUGUAGUUGGUAGCCCGGAAAGUGUAACCCAAUUACAAGCGUGCUGCACUUCCAUGGGAAAUUCGCCGUCUAUGGGCAGUUCACCGUCCUCACACUCGAGCCCGUCCGGAGGAUCCGUCUCGCCUACGCUUUCUAACCGAUCCACACCGAACGUGGAUAGUUGUGGCUUCACCUAUCAGCAGCCUGCACCAGUCCAACCAUUCCCAUUUACCACCCACCACUCAUCGAAGAUAUGUCUAAAGUCCGCCUUGAAUAUCGCCCAGGCAUUCGAUUCCAUGCCCUACCCGAAUCCUACUGGCUUGCUUUGCGACGCCCCUUGCUACCUAGGGCCAUCUUCUACGUUAAUCACACCGCGGACAAUGCCGUCUUUCGCUUGUUGCGCGAUGCAGUGCAGCUACGCGUUGCUCAUGGUUAAGGACAGAACGGAAACGAUGUACCCGACCGCGAAUGGCGAAGCUGGGGUCCUCGUGGAUAAUCUCCGUGAUCGCCUUCAGCAAGGCCUAGUAUCUAUACUAGUAACGCUAGAGAACUAUGCGACGGCUUUCGAAGCCUUGGGUGGGAUGAGAGACCAGAUUCGAGACAAGGUUGAUUUAUCGCUAGGGUUCUGACAGGGGUUGGAUGGUCUUUCGUUAUAAUAAUUUAUGGAUAUCCUCUUGGAUGUGGAGGCAUGUUAGGGCGCAAUCGUUAUAUAUAGCUUUCGUGGCUUCUCCUCUCCUUGGACUAAUGUGAUGAGACUUCUCGAUGAUCGAGACCGGAUGAAUUCGGCCAAUGUGUACUAGAACAUAUGGCUGGGUAUGAUAACGUAAAGUAAAUAAUUCAUUGAGGCUAUGUCAAUUAAGAAAUCUGGUUCGGAGCCGUGUAUGGAUGUACUGGUGUGAUAGGCUCAUUAGCCUCUAGAGGUAUCAAAGUACUAGGUAGAAUCAAAAUCUUGUCAUACAUCUAGGAUAUUAUGGAUACUUGUGUACCUAAUGUAUAUUACUAGGUACCAUUUAUGUAUUUGAAGGGUUAGACUACAUGAUUUGGUGAUACCGCAUUAACUUCGCGGGUUCCGGUCCACGACUACCGCC